UUCUUCUCGUGGGAUCUUCGCGAAGAAACGUCUCGUGUGGGAUUGGGAUGAUCUAAGUUUGUGAGUGUAUACCGAAAGUUUUUAUUGAUUGUCAACAAUGCAGUUCUAGACAUGCCAUGGUUUCUCCAUACAGUGUUAGGAAUUUUCAUUCCUAAGCAAGACAGAAACGAUACGAUGAAGUCCCAAGUGGUCUACUGCGAAAGCAGUACAAGAGCUCAAAACAUUUGGAGAGACUGCAGAGGGCAACAUCUCCUGCUCAAGCUGCUCUGUGAGAUGGGGGUUUGAUUCCUGAUGGCAUGAGGAGCUGGGACAUAAGGUGGUCAGAACCACCAAAUCUGCCAGAACACCUCAUUGUGCCUGCAUUAUUGCUUGAUGAGUUCAUUGGAUGGAUUGAAAGCGAGCAAACAUAUGAUUGUUGGGGUCGGAGAUUGCAAGCAGACGACACUAUGAAGGGCUUCGUUCUUCUCCCAUCAGGAGUAUUUGCAGUUAUUCAAGCCAAGGUGAAGGAGAUGUGUGACAGAUGGGGCCAUGGAAGUAAAAUUGGUGCUGGUUGGGUUUCCUUUCAAGAGGAUCUCAUUCAAGUUCUGGUGACUAUUGGUGGGGAUUAUAAGCAUUGGACAGAUCGGCAAUGGGUGGAUAUUAUGUUGAUGGUGCCCAAGGAGGAAAAGAGGGGACUCAAAGGGGAGCAGUUCAUGAAGGAGAUACGGGAUUGUGUAGUCAAGGAAACUAACAGGGCCUGUCCUUUCAUCAAGCUUGAAGAGCAUGUUCUGAAUCCAGUGAAGGUAAGACAAUUUGGGAAAGCAGGUCAUGCGAUGAAAACAGCAAGGGCUGUUGGGUACUGCAAGAGGUUAAACAGAUGGUAGCUAGGGAUGGCUUUGAUUAUCACUUUACCUGGGUUUUGGUGACUCCACAAGUGUCUUGGAACUCUUGAUGCCAAGUGAAGUCAACGAGAUUAUUCAGCCACGUAAGCGUGCUGUUGAAGAGGUUGUCACAGAAUACAACCAGCACAUAGUGCCAGUGUAUCAAAGCCAGCUUGUGCAGGUUGAGAUCCCAAAGUUUGAAAGUGAUGACAUGGGCAACCUUGCCAGCUUUUGCUACCAAUUACAGAAGCAUCAAAUGCAGGGGAUUCAGAUAUAUAUGGAGGACUUUAAGGUCUCCAUAACAGAUAUCAAAGAAUCUUUACAAAAGCUCUGAACGACACAGAAAACGCAUUGAUCAAGAGCUGCUCAUCACUGUUGGAAUCCAUUAAGCUGGAGUGUCCGAAACUCCCUCACCUUACAAUGGAGUCAAAUCUGUUGUUAAAUAUUCACCACUGAUUGGGAAACGAGCAAAUAUUAGCUACUUAUGUGAGCAUCCAAGCGGCUGUCACCUAGUUGAUUUGAAGAAGUACCCAGGAGUACCAAUCACUAUCCCAAAUCAAUGGUUCAAAAAGUAUAGCAACAUCUUCGUCCCAGGCAUCACAAUGUGUUUCACCCUUGCAAAGCUCGGUAAAGUGGCAUUGCCUGUGGGAGGGGAGCUGGUCGGCACCUUGAUUGAGCUUGGUGCAAAUGGCUUGAAGGCUACAAUUGACUCCUGCUUUAAAGGCGAUCUCAAUAACAGGUUGCAACCAGCAUCAAAAGAUGACAUUGUGGAGUUGUUUGAGUAUGUGAAAAAGAAUUCACCUCAACGA